GUGGAGCGUCCUGCGUGGCCGUUGCCGGAAAGCAGCCUCCUGGAGAGCAGCAGAGCAGCAGGCUGUCUGCGCUAUGGCCGCUGAAGUGCAUUUCUCGGCCCCUGAGACCCCUGAGCCCACGCUGAUGGAGAACGUGCUGCGCUGCGGCCUCUUCUUUGGAGCCGUUUUCCAGCUUGUGUGCGUGUGGGCCACAAUGCUGCCAGUUGCCAAGUGCCCAGAGACAGACUGGGACGGCUUGGAGUCUAAGAGUUGGGAGACGGCGAAGAAACCAAAGGCAAGUGCUGCACAGCUGAGCAAGAAAGCCAAGAAGGGAAGCAAAAAGAAGCGGUGAGGGCUUGAGCGCUAAGCCUCAAAGGCCAAAGGGAGCAGCGGGAAUGCUUGCUGAGAGGUGCUCCAAAGGCAGCGCACUGUACGUCUGGUUUUGUGGCGUGGCCGUGCUUUCCCUUGCACGGACAUUGGAGAGGAACUGAGGAAGCUGGAGGGGCUUCUGAUGCGUGGCGAACAAAUGGGACUUUGCCUGUGCGGGAUUUCAUGUCUGGCAAGAGCUGGGGACGCUGCGUUCCUUCAGGGUCCUUCAGCUCGAUAGCUGUUUCAGAACGUUGAUGAUGAGGUGAACUUAGCGCAUGCCGCUGGUCAUGAGCGGUAUCCAGGCUAUUUUAUUGCCUGUUGACGUAUCUGCAAAACGCAACCCAACUCCCUUAGUUUCAAAUAAAAGGGAAACAAACCUU